AUGAUGGAAUUUGUCAAUCAUUUCUUCACAACGGGUAAACUUAAACUCGGGGUCAAUAACUCCUUCAUUACUCUGAUUCCUAAAGUCAGAAAUCCUGUGAAAAUGAAAGAUUACCACCCCAUCAGCCUUGUCGACAGGCUUUACAAAAUUGUGGCUAAAAUCUUUGUUAAUCGAAUUAAGGUAGUUAUUGGUGAUGUGGUAGGAAACAACCAGUUCGCCUUUGUUAAGGGGAGGCAAUUGAUAGAUGCGGUUCUUGUUGCUAAUGAACUCAUUGAUCUGAUCAAGAAGGAAAAGACUGAAGGGUUGAUUUUGAAAGUGGAUUUUGAGAAGGCUUAUGACUACAUCAAUUGGGGUUUCCUCGAUUUUAUUAUGGCUAAGAUGGGCUUCCACGAAAAAUGGCGAGGUUGGAUCCAUGAGUGCAUAUCCACAGUCCAUAUGUCAAUACUUGUGAAUGGAUCUCCCUCGAAGAACUUUCGCAUGCGACGAAGGCCUUCGCCCAGGGUGCUUAGAGUUUUCCAGUCGAUGUCUGCGCUUAAGAUCAAUUUUGCUAAGAGCAGCCUAACUGGAAUUGAUAUGGAGCUAGAGGUUAUGGAAGAGUGGGCUAACCUGGUCGGAUGUGGAAGAGAUUCACUGCCUACAUCUUAUUUAGGGCUUCCUUUAGGUGUUAAUCACAGAUCACAACAGUUAUGGAGGCCGGUUAUCCAAAAAGUUCAGAACCGACUAGUUGGAUGGCAAUCAAAGUUGCUAUCCAUGGGAGGAAAGAUCACGCUCAUGAGGUACAACCUUUCUUCGACUUGGCGUUUGGAGAUGGUGAGAAUAUCCGAUUUUGGUUGGAUCAUUGGACUGAAAAUGGUUGUUGAAAAGAGAUGUUUCCAAGAAUUUACGCCCUGGCGGAAAACAAAUGCAAAGUUGUCAAAGAGUUCGGGCAAUGGGAAAACGGGAGUUGGGAGUGGAAUGUUAAGCUCAGGAGGAAUAUUUUCGAAUGGGAACAAGAGCAGUACAACUCUUUCAACAAGAUAA